ACCUCGUAGACAAGCUCCAAUGGUAAGUGAAACCAACUCCCUAGCCUCCUUUCCACCUCUCUCCCCAUUCACCUACUCUGAUGGUAACGCCGCGGUGAAACGUACACAGGCGCCCCCCGUCGGCAAGAUCGCCGUCGCGGCGACUCUCGUCGGACUCGCCUUCUUCGGAGCCUCCAACUCCAUCGUACCGAUGGCCCAGAACGGGCUCGGCAAGGUGCUCCGAGAGAACGCAUCUCCCCCCUCCUCCGCCGCUUCCGUGGAGGGCUGGGCGUCGCGCAUCGGCGCGCCGGCCCCUUUCAAGCGCUCCUUCACCGGAUACGCCGGGGCGGACGCGCGGCUCUCGUUACUCGUCGGCUUCUUCGCGUCGCUUAUCGACGACCCAGGCGCCGGAUGGGAUGCCUGGGCGCUGUACGCCUGGGCCGCCACGCAGCUGGCCGCCGGUUGGACGGCGCUGGUGCUCGAGGGCCGCCGGGCUGGGAACCGCGGCCGCGCCGUCGUCUCGUGGAUCGCCGCGCUCGGGGUCCUGUUCCAGAUCCUCUCGUGGACGCUGAUCGUCCCGCUGUGGCUCGCCGCCCACCUGUUCCUGUCGCCGGUCGCGAGGUUGGGCCAGGGCAAGAAGCAGUAUGGGAGUGAGGCGGCGAGGGAGAGGGGCGACGAGGCCCGAAAAGCCCUCUUCGUGUAUCUUUGGGACCUCGCGCUCAUCCCGCUCGCCGUCACCCUGACGUUCAUUGCCCCCACCAUCGCGAUGAGCCUGCCCAGGCUCCUAGGACACAGCGCUGCCACUCAUUAUAACCUGAUUGCGUUCUGGCAAGCGUUCCCAGUGUGGACCAUCUUAACCCUCAGCGUCCUGCACAACGCGUGCUACUUCCUGUUCGGGAGCCUAAGCCCGCAGGACAAUUCGGGAAGGCCGACGUCGCUAGGCAAGGGCUUCUUGACGGCGACGGCGGGUGUGUACCAGUUCGGGCUGACGGUGUCCUCCGCCGCUCACGCGCCGCUCCUUGCCAUCUCGCUCCUCCCCGCGGGCGCGCGCGCCGCGCUCGCGGCGGCGGUGCCCCCGCGGCUCGCCCCCGUUGUCGAGCAGGUCGCCUUCGCGCGGGCAUUCGCCGUCUCGGCGCCGCUGUCCAUCGACCCGACUGCCUACGGGUCCGGUGACCUCUCACCCCUUGUCGUGCGCUUUCUGCAGUACGACCUGUACACGGGCGGCGCGGCGCUGCUGCUGUGGGCCUUCUACCUCAACCGCAGCACGGCCGGAUCCCGCGUCGGCUGGGGCCGGGCACUCGGCACGACGGCGCUUUGGGGCCUGGUCGGCGGCCCCGCGGCCGCGACGCUGGCGCUGCUGUGGCAGCGGGACGAGAUCGUGAGGGAGGGCGAGGAGGAGGACGAGACGAAGAAGCGGACAUGAAGAGUGGGGUGUCGCCCCCCCCCCACGGGGUAGGUAGAUAUGCACACCCACCCAUGCCUAGAAACAAAGUCUUGACGAGAUGAUCUCACUUGGAUUCGACGUUGUAGGAUAGGAUACAUAGAGGGAAGUGUAGCAAUGGCGUGCGAAACAUGCAAAAGUUACUGUGCUUGAUUUUAGUACGGUUUGGUGAGUAGGUCGACUUCAUUGGCAGCACUUGGAACUCUGAACUGCCGCAAACCUGUAUAGUACCUAGAGAACAGUCUCAUCAGGUAGGCGGGCGGGGUGUAGGUAUAGCUACAUGUCAACGUGCGACUUUGAAUACUGCUCCGACGGCACGAUCGUAUACGGCCCAGGCCUGGCCACAGGCAACCGACUCGCAUUUCCAGGCCGAUACGCGCACGAUGCGGCCGAAUGUACCUAUCCGUCUCCGUAUCGUUUCGACAACUAAUAGCUACCAAGAAUUCCCCUCUUCGCGCUACCUCUCGCCCCGUCUCUCCAUCCCCUCCUUUCUUUCCCUAUUCCCUCUCCUCCCCCUUCUCCUCCUCCCCCCCCCUCUUCU